UUACUGUCGGUCGGGUUGGCCGGUGGGACAGACCAGCUUGCUUAAUCAGCCAGUGGCUGACUGAACACAGCUAACCUCUGGACCCUUCCAUUGAGCAACAAGGUUGGAGACUGACACAGAGAGAUCAACAGUUUGGUAAACAAAAGAGAGGGAGCCAGGAGAGAAGGACUGGAACAAAGUCAAAGAAAGACAUAGCGGACAGAGCAGAGCAGGAGCAAGAGAGUUGAAUUUGAAAUAGAGGAGAGAAAACUGCAACAGCAAAAAUUUAAGAUUAAAAGUUAAAGAUUGAUAGAAUUAGUGUCAUGGGUGUGGCCACUUAAAGCAGUGAGGCACAAGAGCAGAGACAAAAGCAACUUUUGUCUGGUGGUUAGAGGGGGAGGGUGACAGACUUAGGAAGACAGGGUGGGUCAGAGGUAAAGGGGUCAAUAGAAAGACUGAGAAAGACACAGUGGGAGCCGUUCAAGAAGAGAAGGCCAGAGAACUUACUCACGAGGCAGAGGCAACGGUAUGGAUAGAUAGAAGCUGGCAGACAUAGUAGCUUAUCAAGGGGGAGAGGGGACAGAGGACUAGGCUGAGUCACAUACAGGCAGUCGGCAUGGGGAUAAAGGGCAAGGCGGCUUUGGCCAUCGUGGUUCUACUGUUCUUCCUCGGCUCCAUGUGGCUCCAAGGAAGUUUGGAUUACCAGUGGGACUCUUGUCUUAAAGGUUACAUUCAGAUAAACAGUCCUCGCCAUCUGUCCAAUGGCAGUGAGGCUGAUAGUGAUGAGGACGGGGCCAUACUGGAGGUGUGUCCCGGUCAGAAGUUCCAGGUGUCGGAGCUGUUGUCUCACCUGCUGGCUGCACCCGCACCCACCAACGACGUGCUGCUGCAGCCUUAUCUGGCUAGUUGGGACGAGCUUAUCAAGUUCAUGGAGGCUCUUGGACCGAUGGUUGGACUCAUAUCUCAGGAGAUUGAAGCCAAAACUUCCAUAAUCCGUGACCUGACCCUGCGGGAGGCAGGUAGCAGUGAUGAGGGAGAAGUGGGCCUAGCCUUGGGUUUGGUGUCUGGUACCAGAGCGCAUGGUGGAGGACAGGAGGAGACAGAGGGCUCAGUGGCAGCACCAAGCAGUACCUACCUGUCUUUGCGCUCUAUGAUCCACACUGAGUUGAGCCGGGGCCUGGUAGACUUCCAGCAGAUGACAGAAUCUGGGUGUCGUACUCUGCUCCGGCUGCACCGGGCCCUGUUGUGGCUGCAGGUCUUCCUGGAAAAGCUGGGGGAGGGGCCUGUGGGCGGCCGGCUGCGGAGCCCCUCAGAGCUCUGCCGUGAGGCCUAUCAGCACACCCUGGCCCACCACCACUCCUGGUUUGUACGCAGGGCAGCGGAGAUAGCCUUCAUCGCCAUGCCUGAGCGGAGUUUCUUCUACAGGCUGGUGUGUGUGACGAACCAGGAAGAGGCCAGCGUGGUGCUGAACAGGGUGGUCCGGGCCAUCGGAGAGGUGUAUGACAGAACUCAGGGGGUCCUGGAGGAGCAUGGCAUGCUGGACCUGCCGUAGGAGAAGAGCGGGGGGGGGGUUCUGUUUCUGAGGGACCAGCCACAUCUGGACAUUACAGUAACACUCUUUUCACACUACUGAGCCGAACCAGGCUGAGCUGAGCUGUACUGCGCUGGCCAGGUUACACAUCCGUCAUGGUUGGAAUUAUACUGGUAAGGACAAUGUGAAAAUAGAAUAGCAAAACCAGCACAUUACUGUUCGGGUUUGCAUAAUAGCAUGAAUUAGGUCUUACAGUCUAUCCCCUGGUGUCUUGUUCCAUAUGCUGUAUUAUCUUUUAUCAGGUUAAAGUUCACAUGUGUGCAAGACCAAUGAGCUGCUCAAAUAAUCAUGAGUGAGUGCUCUCAACAGAGUUUACCAAAAGGGCCAAUUUGUAUUAGGGGCCAUAUGACCAAAGUGCUGGAGAAAACAAUCAACUGAAGCUAAAUGUCUUCAUUGUACAAUUGAUAAGUCAUUGUUAUGUCCCUGUUUGUCUGUGUGAGAUCACGCACUGGACUUGUUAUGGUUUUGGAAGACCAUAGACUGGUUGAAAAACAAGGAAACGUAUCAUGUAUUGUUGUAAAUUCUGAAGAUGUUGCCAAUGUAAUUCCAUAGGUCAGUGAUUGGUGUGUUGUUGUAUGUUGAUGUGUAAUUCAGCAUUGCCAUCAUUGAAUCAAAGGCCAAUCACAAGGCAAAGGACUUUGUCCAUGCCCCACAUCGUGAUUAUGUAAAUCAUUUUAUAUGGGAUCAUUUGUGAAGAUCUUCUAGGGCUGCUGGACACAUCAGAUGGACUUUAUUCAGGGUUCUCAAAACGACAUUUACAAUGCAGUGAUUCACUGAUCUUAGCUACUGUUGUAGUUAUGGUUUAAGUACGUAUGCAUUACUACAAAAUUGACACUGCAGAAGUAAUAUUUUUGAGUCUGGAUCUGAGUACCUCCUGUACAAUUUUGAGAAUGGAAAUACGUUCUAGACCAGGGAUGGGUGACUUUGAUGGGGGUGGGGGCCACAAAACAUCUGAACUCAUCGUGGGGUGCCGCAGUGGCUCCCUGGUCUGCGUGUCGACAUCCAUUCCCAAACAUGCAGUCAGAAACAGCCCUAACCUUUUGGGGGAUCCUAGGUCAAAUCUUCUUAGGGCGUGUGAGCAAAACAGCUAGAGGAGAGAAAGUUUGUUUUAAAGCAAAUUCCCUGCAAUUCUACACAUUUUGCCAUGGGGCAGAGAUAAAAUUAUGUUUUAAAGCAAAUUCCCUGCAAUUCUACACAUUUUGCCAUGGGGCAGAGAUACAUUUCUGUUUUAAAGCAAAUUCCCUGCAAUUCUACACAUUUUGUCAUAGCGUUUUUUAAAUUUUAUAUAUGAUAUCUGACUUAGUGACUAACAAAACCCAGUGGGGCCCCCUAGUUGGUAAUUCGACCAUGAUUACUACAAGUUUAGAUAGCUGGCUAGACUAAUUUACCAACCUGAAAUAUGUUCGUUUACAUGGGCUAAUUGAGUGCAUUGAGAGAAACUGAUGAUUUUAUUUGGUUGGAAAUUGAUCCGUGGGCCCCGUUCUAGACCAUCUGAUUGGUCCCAGAAACCAAUGGUUUGGGCCAGAGCCAGAACACAUGUGCAACGUUUUGAAAAUUCGUCUGGCUUUGAUACUCUGAUUGUUUAGAGAUUAUCCAUUAGCUGAUGACUUUGUUUUUUUUUUGUAACAUGCUCCAUUUUGAAAACAACACAAAUGACUUCAAUGAUUGCAGCAAAGAUGUCAUGGCGACAAUGUCAUCGGGCCUAACGUUCGUCUCACGCCGAACUGCGCAAGUCCAGGCCGUCUAAUCAAAGGCACUCCUUCGACAUACAGUUGUUUUUUACAGAAAUUAAAAUGUCAGUUUGACACUAACACGAGGUUGGAGUAAACACGUGUUCAACUGCUUAACACAUUGGCUCAAAUCUAGGUUGUGCAUUCAGAUUUCGAGAAAAUUAACAACUAAGGAAUCAUGUUUUACUUCUCAAACCCCGGACAUGGUCUGUUUCACAAGCAUUCCCGGAAGUUUCGCAAUGUUGCACCUCUGGGUUUUAGAAACUCUGUGUUUGCAGCAUGACUGAAUUUUGUAGCGAACUAGUGCAGCGGAAGAAUUCUGUUAAGAUUCAUCAGGCAAACGUGUUAUAUCCGGGGCUUUUGAUCUUAUGUUGCAGUACUACAGUAUAUCCACCAGAGGUCAUAGUGUACUACAUAUGCACAUCAGUUUCACUGAACCCUGAAUGCUAAUAACAGUUCGUGGCAAAGUCAUUUAUAUGAACAUUUGUGACGUAAUCACUUCUACACCACAAUCAUUUACCCUCCCUUCGCUUGGACAUACAUGCUGCGAAUGGCAUAAUGCCAUACAUUAAUACAUUAUUUCCUCUUUUCAGCAAAAUAACAAUACAAAUACUUUAUCCCUUUUUGAAAACAAAACCGUUAUGUUUCUAUUGUUCAACCUUGAAGACUCGCAUUAGCAAACAUAAGUAUAUCUAUGUGAACGUAAUAUUUCCAUGUUUUCUGUCUUCUUCCUCAAGCUCUUUAUUAUUUUUGUUACUAUACAUUUGUUGCAGUCUUUCCAAGAAUAAAAACUUACAGCCACACAAGCAAAUACAUAUGUUUGCUUUUUGAAGAAAUUUCCAAAUGAUCACGUAAAAACGGAUAUAUGUUAUUACAUAACAGGUGACACUGGGGAACAACACGAUCUGUCCACCAAGAGGCACUGUUGUCAUUUAGUGAAGCAUGCUCCUUCUUUGUGUAUCAUUAUGUAAUAGGACUGCUCAUGAAAUGACAUUCACACAUCAUUCUGAAACAUGUUUUAAAUUAAAUCCUUUCUCUCAGAAAUA